CAGGCAACAAAAAACUUGAUUAAUAUGGAUAAGUAAGCUGUGUGGUGUGAGCAGAAAGAAGAAGCCUCCAUGAAAAUAAACCAUACAAAAUCUAGAUUUUUUAUUAUUUCUGCAACAUAUUUAUUAGUAGGCAUAAUUUAUUAACUUUUGUAUUAAUUGUUCUGAUUUUGUUUAGGGAACUGAGUUUCACUUUCUUGGCCUAAGUAGCCCUAAAUCUUUGAGCUUACUCAUGUUUGACAUAUCACUGUCUUUGUCCAAUGUUUUAAGGAUAGAAUUUUUAUAAAUUUAAUUUGCUUUCUUUGAUGCAAAUGCCUUCUGAAUUUGCUAAUAAAAGUUUAAUUCGAUUGCACUGAGCGGUAGAAAGAAUACACAUGUCCCACUGCAUACUUCUUUCUCUCUACUUUUGAAUGUUGCGUGACAACUAGUAAUCACGACUAUUCCGUGGAACAAUGACUGUGUGUAAAGUGUAAUGUUGAGUACGAUUAUGUAUGUCGUCUGCGACGUGGCGGGUGAAAGCUCUCUUCUGCGUGUGCAUAUAAUUGAAAUUUGCAAUCCACCUGUCUCGCUCUUUUGUUUCGGGCUUGCAAAUGUCAGCAGAGGUCAUCUAAAAAGGUGGUAUAGGCGUCCGAUUCGGGCUGCGAUCGCUGUCUAGACGUUGAGUUGCAUCGGGCGAUCGAUUGCACGAACGAACUUCAGACGGUCAUCGACCCCGCGGGCGCAUCGGUGACGUUACGCUCCGGUGAUGCGCUCUUCAAUAACCUUACGGAUAUUACGGACUCCUCGGCUCUCUUUUGUCAAACUUAUCCACCUUGACGUUAUCUCUGCGUUCUUUCAUGGAUUCCGUGGAUGGAUUCCGAAGUGGUGUCUUGUUACGCACGACUUUAAAUUUUGAAUGAAAAUACAGAUCAAUGUUACUUACCUAAGUCGUAGUUAAUCCAACUGCGCGGAACUCGUACAUAUAUUUUUUUUUUCUAACUUUAAUUUCUAAAGAUCAUAAUAAGAUUCGAUUCUCUGGGCAAAAGCUCUGCGCGUGUUGCAGCACGCACGUUUGAAAGCUUUACAAAAAGCGAGACGGACCGGUUUAGAUUUUCGGACGUAAAAAAACCUUGCGCUUUGAAUUUUCGAUUCCCUAAGGCUCAGCAAAUUGUUAGCCUUUGUUAAGAACUUUGUAUACAUUUUACGGAUUUUUUUUUGUUUAUUACCAUGUUUACUUUCUGCUAGCUCCGUCUUUGUCAAUCAUUGUAAAUAUAAGUUAAAUUAUGCAACGCUUUCUUUGUUAGCAUUACUAAUAAUAGAUGGGUAAUAUAAUAUAAUGCAUGCAGAGGAAGCCUUUAACUGACCUUGUGCAACAACAUAAUGCAACACGACAGUAAACAGAAUUGCUAGGCACAAUGCUAGGUAGUAGACUUUUAAAUUCUAAAGAAUGGUUUUAUUGCCUCGAUUAUUGUACUGGUCGUGGGGAACAAUAACUUUUAUGUUUAUCGCCGGUAGUUCGUAUUUACUUCUUGAUGUUAGGGCGACGAAGGCCCUGCAAAUGGCGUUGUACGUGUCGCCGGGGUUCUCAAGGGCUGCGGACGCGCAUCUGCGCUUGGCGCUGAUGUUCAAGGCUCGCAGGCAUUGGGCUGCAGCUGCUGUGCAUUUCAAGAGAGCUCGCCUGGCGCCCCAUCAGGACGCUACCUUCACGCGACUAGAGCUCAGUUUCCACGCAGCUCACCUGCUGGAAGCGAAGGGUUUGAGGAAGCUCGCCAGAGACGCUUACGAGCGCCUACUAAAGGAACCUCAACUAUCAUCUUCUUUGAAGGCCGAUGUCUGCCGUCAGCUAGGAUGGUUGUAUCAUCGUUGUGCGUCAUUGUGCGAUCCGGCGGCUCGAGCCCGCGCCGCCAUCUGGUGUCUUCGGCGAGCGGUGGACGCGGAACCAGACUCGGGCGCCGGGCUCUACCUGCUCGGGAGAUGCUUCGCUGCCCAAGGCAAAGUCCAUGACGCAUUCAUCGUCUAUAGAAACUCGGUAGAGAAGUCGGAAGGAAACGCCGACACGUGGUGCUCUAUUGGAGUUCUUUAUCAGCAGCAGAAUCAGCCAAUGGACGCGUUGCAAGCUUACAUUUGCGCCGUCCAAUUGGACAAAGGUCAUUCCGCUGCAUGGACUAACCUGGGCAGCUUAUACGAGAGCUGCCAGAUGCCAAGGGACGCCUUUGCAUGUUAUACUAACGGCGGGGCUGCCGCUACAGCCUCCAACGCCGCUCUGAGGCAGAGGCUUGCUUUCCUCAGAGCACACUUAGCGCACGCACCGAUGCCUUCAGUUACUGGAAAACGCCGCCAGCUGCCGUCCAUCGAAGAGGCGUGGAACCUGCCCAUCUCUGCGGAGAUGUCGUCGCGCGCGCCCAAGUCCGCGCCGCCGCCGUACCCGGGCAAGCGCGACGACCCGCCCCAGCUCACUGCGCACCAACUGCAGACGUUGCAGUACUUGCAACGGAAUUCGCAUAACCUCUCGCCGCACCAACAAGCGAUGAUGCAGCAACUACUGACCCAGUAUCGUCUCGCACAAGCAGCGAGAGCGCGUUCGGUGACCAAGAGCGAAGGUAGUAGUAACUCGACCGGCGGCGACAUCGCGGAGUCGCUCGCCGAAGAUCUGCUGAAGAGGUUCUCAGAUUCUCAACCGGACAUCAAGAAGGAGCCGGCUAGUAACACGGAUGUGGGCAGCAUUGCGAACGCGAGCAGUGACGCGGUGCUGGGCGGGCGGCAGCCGGUGGUGAAACUAGAGCCUUUGAAGACAGACCCGCUCAAACCUGUCACGUUUCAUGUUGGCAUGAACUCCAAGCAGAUUCUUGAUGUUUGCAAGGAGAACGCGGGUCCGCCUACAUCGUGGUCGGUGCUCGGCGACGGCUGCGGCCCGCCCGAACCGCCGCCUGUCCCUCCGCCGCGUCUCACGCCCGAACAACUGGCUCCUCCCGCGCCCUACGUGUACGUGGAGUCCAAGCGCGACGCCUUCUCCCCCCAGCUGCAGGACUUCUGCCUGAAGCACCCGAUCGCCGUAGUCCGCGGCCUUACCGCCGCCCUCAAGCUUGACCUCGGCCUGUUCUCCACGAAAACGCUGGUGGAGGCGUGGCCCGACCACGCGGUGGAGGUGCGCACGCAGCUGAUGCAGUCCGCCGACGAGAACUGGGACCCGACGGGGCGGCGGCGCGUGUGGGCGUGCGCCUCGCACCGCUCGCACACCACCGUGCGCAAGUAUGCGCAGUACCAGGCAGGCUCCUUCCAGGACUCGCUGCGGGAGGAGCGCGAGCGCGGUGCGGGCGGCACCGCGGCCUCGGGCACAGGCGCUCCCUCCGCCGGCGGCGCGCUCUCCGACUCGGACGGCCGCGAGUCCGGCUCCGGGCCUGUGAAGCGCCGCCGCACCGCGCGUAUGCUGCGCUUCGGCACCAACGUCGACCUCUCCGACGAGCGCAAGUGGCGCCCCCAGCUUACCGAGCUCCAGAAGCUGCCCGCGUUCGCGCGCGUCGCCUCCGCCGCCAACAUGCUCUCGCACGUCGGCCACGUGAUCCUCGGCAUGAACACGGUGCAGCUGUACAUGAAGGUGCCCGGCAGCCGCACGCCCGGCCACCAGGAGAACAACAACUUUUGCUCGAUCAACAUCAACAUCGGCCCCGGCGACUGCGAGUGGUUCGGCGUGCCGGACGCGUACUGGGGCGGCGUGCGCGAGCUGUGCGAGCGGCACGGCCUGUCGUACUUGCACGGGUCGUGGUGGCCGGAUCCCGAGGAGCUGCGCGCGCACGGCGUGCCCGUGUACCGCUUCACGCAGCGGCCUGGCGACCUCGUGUGGGUCAACGCCGGCUGCGUGCACUGGGUGCAGGCCACCGGCUGGUGCAACAACAUCGCCUGGAACGUGGGCCCGCUCACCGCGCGCCAGUACUCGCUGGCGCUCGAGCGGUACGAGUGGAACAAGGUGCAGAAUUUCAAGUCGAUAGUGCCGAUGGUGCACCUGUCGUGGAACCUGGCGCGCAACAUCCGCGUAUCUGACCCACGGCUGCACCGCGCGAUGCGCACGUGCCUGGCGCAGACGCUGCGCGCGGCGGGCGGCACGCUGGCGGCGGUGCGCGCGCGCGGCGUGCCGGUGCGGUUCCACGGGCGCGCGCGCGGCGAGGCCAGCCACUACUGCGGCGUGUGCGAGCGCGAGGUGUGGCACGCGCUGCUGGUGCGCGAGCACGAGCGCCGGCACGUGGUGCACUGCCUGGCGUGCGCGCGGCGCGCCUCGCCCGCGCUGCACGGCUUCCUGUGCCUCGAGGAGCACCACAUGGACGAGCUGGCGCAGGUGUACGACGCGUUCACGCUGCACCGGCCGGCGCCGCCCCCCGCCGCUCCUCCGGCCGCCCUCCCCGCCGCUCCCACGCCCGCGCCCGCGCCGCCUCCUCCGCCCCCACUCCUGCCGACGCCCGACUGAGCGCGCGGCGCCCCCUCCCCACGUACCUCCCUAUAUUUAUUUGGUUGGAGAGCGCCGCCCGUCGCCCUGGCGCGGACGCCGCCGCGAUCUCCCCGAUGCAGUAUUAGACGCUAGCUAGCUCGCCCGACCUUUUGUACGUGUCUUCGACCAAAUUCGAUUGAAUAGUAGAUGAUCAUCGCGAUCUAUUUUUGAUACGCGGCAUGAGAAUAUGUAGAUUGAAAAGUUUGUCUCGUGAUGCGAAUAUUUUUGGUGAUAAAAAUAAUGUAAUUUUGUAAUACGGUAAUCUUUACAAUGACGCGUUUACACUCCUCCUCGAUCACUUUUGUAAUUGUGCGAGAUGAUAAUUGUAUAAUAAAAAGAAGUCAAUUCUUGGCGAUAAUGACCGUUUAAGUUAAACUCGUGAGGAAUGACGGCGACCUCUCGUUGUGUUUAUGUAUAAAAUUGUCGGAGAUGUAUUGUAUUCGGGUAUCGCAGUUCGGAGGUCGGCCAGCCGAGAUCUCGAGAGUUCCAGGUGUUCACCAUGAUAUAAAUGUGUUAUUUUUGUAUAGAGGCAUAUUUAUUUAUUUUUAUCAUACUGUGACAUUAGUUUCAUUUUUUUAGUAGUAUCAUAGUUAAUUGUAGUUUUAAGAGUAUCGCACGGAAUGAGAGGCCUUGCGUUUUAGCAAGGUCUGGCGAACAGUGCUGCAGUCCCAAAGAAUGUUAUACCCGUAUAGGCAAGCUAUUGGACAUUGUACCGUUUUACACCCAUCUUCUCGUAUCUGUGCCUGUUUAUUAAUUAAUGGAAAUUGACUUAGCUAUUUGUUGGUAACUAAGGUUUGACUGUUUUUCUUUUCCUUUUGGUGUAAAUUAUUGAUUGUGGUAGGAAAUGUUUCGAGGAUUGGCUAAAUUAGAAUGAAUUAGGCUGAGUAAGCUCAGGGUUGGCAGUAAAGACGGACUCUCUCUCGCGACACCAACGUUUGUUGUUUCUCUUGAAGUUUUAUAAUGUGUUAGUCAGAUUUCAAUGUUGAUUGUAUUUCUUUCUACGGUGUCUUGGGAGAGAGAUGGUUUGAAACGUGGAAGAGUUGCUCGAAUUGUGUAUAGCGUGAGCCGAUAAUUAUAAGUAAUUAUAACAUCACUGCCAUGUAUGACCUUACUGUUUAUACUAUAAUAUUAAAUUUUAAUAAACAAACAAUUAAGUACGGU